GAAGCAAGAAAAUGGAAGAAAAACUUUGAUUGUGAUCUGGGCAGAACUCCAUUACAGACCAACUGAAAUCCCCCGCCUGCAGGUGCGAGGAGUACACACAGGUGAGGGCGCGAGAGUCAUCGAACCACUCAUCAGAGACGAUGGCGGAUCCGGCGGACACAACGCUGGGGCGAAUGCUAUUGGAUGAGAUCACGCCUGCUGUCAUGGUCAUUGGCACCCAUUUCGUAGAAGAAUCAUGUCAGAAAAAUGGAAUCUCACUCAUUGAAAUGCUCAGUCCUUUUUGCAACUUCAUUAAUAUUGACGUGCCAGUGAGGACUGCAAGUGAUCAAACCUACAGGUUGAAGAAAUUCAAGUUUCGAUUAUUUUAUGCUUCAGAUAUUCGCCAGCCUAAUGUAGAGGCUGCAAAGGAGCGAUUAAAGCAAGUUAUAACUCAUGCUGGGGAGAGAGAUCAUUCAGAUUUCUGCACAGAUCCCCCACAAAUUGAGACCAUAAUAAAUUCCUCUCAACUUGAGUUCCUACCAUCAUGGUUUCAGUUUUUCAACAGAGAGCUAGUGCACACAGUAUCAUUCUCAGAGCAUGAAGCUUUUGACCAUCCGGUGGCAUGUCUUUUGGUGGCUUCUUCUAAAGAUGUGGAUCUGAAUAAACUUGUUGACCUUUUCAACAGUAAUCAGUUUCCAUCCCUCAUGAAUGAUGGUGUCAUGGACCCAAAUAUUCUCAAGCAUUUUAUAUUGGUGCAUGAUUGCCAAGAUGGCCCACCAGAAAAAGCAACCAAAAUUCUGGCAGACAUGAAGAGCGCAUUUGGGGCAAAUGAUUGCCAUUUGUUGUGCAUUAAUUCUUCAUCUAAUGGGCAAGAGGACCAUCAAGAAAAUUUAUGGGGUUCUAGCAAAAAUGAUGCCCCAAGUAGCAAAAAAUUAGGCUGUUUUCUCAGCCACGAUGACAUAGAGGAGCUGAAAAAUAUUAUGCACGAGCUGUCAUCCAAACAUAUCAUCCCUCACAUGGAACAAAAAGUUCGUUAUCUGAAUCAACAGGUUUCUGCAACAAGAAAAGGUUUCAGGAACCAAAUAAAAAAUUUGUGGUGGAGAAAAGGGAAGGACGACACUACUGAAAAUCAGAGUGGCCCAAUGUAUACUUUCAGCUCCAUCGAAUCACAAAUUAGGGUUCUUGGUGACUAUGCUUUCAUGCUGCAUGAUUAUGAACUUGCAUUGUCAAACUAUCGUUUACUCUCCACAGAUUAUAAGCUUGAUAAGGCAUGGAAACACUAUGCUGGAGUUCAGGAGAUGAUGGGAUUGACUUACUUCAUGUUAGAUCAAUCAAAAAAGGAUGCCGAAUAUUGCAUGGAGAAUGCAUUAACUACUUAUAUUAAACUCGGGCCAGCAGGUCAAAGGAAUGCUACACGGUGUGGUCUGUGGUGGAUUGAAAUGUUAAAAUCAAGAGAUGAGUAUAAAGAGGCUGCCAGUGUUUACAUUCGACUCUCUGGUGAGGAACCUCUGCAUUCAGCUGUAAUGCUCGAGCAGUCAUCUUAUUGUUACUUGUUUUGCACUCCACCAAUGCUACGUAAAUAUGGUUUCCAUCUUAUUCUUUCUGGAGAUCUGUACAAGAAAUGUGAUCAGAUAAAACAUGCAAUUCGAACAUACCGAUGUGCUCUUUCUGUUUUUCAAGGAACUUCCUGGUGUCACAUUAGAGAUCAUGUUCAUUUCUACAUAGGAAAGUGGUUUGCUUUCCUGGGGGUAUAUGACGUGUCAAUUAAAAACAUGCUAGAAGUCCUACUGUGUGGUCAUCAAUCCAAGACAACACAAGAGUUAUUUCUCAUGGAUUUCUUUCAAAUAGUUCAGAAAACAGGGAAAACAUUUGAGGUCCCGACGCUUAAGUUACCUGUGAUCAACAUCCCUUCAAUCCAAGUUGUGUUUGAAGAUCAUCGCACGUAUGCAUCACAUGCAGCUGCCAUUGUCAAGGAAAGUGUGUGGCAGUCCCUGGAGGAGGAAAUGAUUCCAACAUUCUCCACAAGUAAGAGCAACUGGUUGGAGUUGCAGUCCAAAAUUUUGCCAAAGAAGUGUAAAGAUUCAAAUAUCUGUGUUGCUGGAGAGGCCAUUAAGGUAGACAUUGAAUUCAAAAACCCACUUCAGAUACCUAUUCCAGUGUCCAAUGUUUCUCUGAUCUGUGUACACACUGUGAAAAGUGACGCAGCUACCCCUGAUGCAACAAAUUUAAAUAGUAAUCAGUAUGCCAAGGAAUCCACCAUCGCAGUGGUUAGUGGGGACUUCAACUCUGAUACACCUUCAUAUACAUUGUCUGAGGUUGACAUUGUGCUUGGAGGAGGUGAAACUACAGUGGUACAACUGAGUGUUACUCCCAAAAGAGAAGGCACUUUGAGAAUAGUGGGCGUGCGAUGGAAGUUGUCUGGUUCUGUAGCUGGAUUUCUUGAAUUUAAUACUGAUUUAGCCAGAAAAAGAGUUGGAAGAUCUAAAACAAAAUCUAAGUGUUUGACUGAUAAUCUGCAAUUCUUAGUGAUCAAGAGUUUACCCAAACUUCAAGCCUUCAUUCACCAGCUACCUAAAACAGCUUAUGCGGGAGAUUUGAGGCCUAUCACUUUGGAGUUGAGGAAUUCAUGUGAAAUUCCCGUGAAGAAUUUAAAGAUGAAAGCCAGCCCUCCAAGAUUUCUACAAAUAGGUCAUAAUGAAGCUACGCAUAUCGAAUUUCCCGCUUGGUUGGAGAAGGAGACUCAGUCUACUCAAAAUCACAUCCAAUCAAAGACCGCUAAAGCAUCAGAUGCUGUUUUUCUGUUUCCAGAGGAUAUGGUAAUUGUUGAGGGAUCACCUUCCUUGUGGAAUCUCUGGCUUAGAGCUGCAGCUCCUGGAAAUGUUUCGUUAUAUGUAACAAUAUACUAUGAAAUGGAAGAUAUGACAAGCAUUAUGAAAUAUCGCACCUUAUGCAUGCAGUUUAAUAUAAAGGUGCUUCCUUCAUUAGAUGUCUCUUUCCAAAUCAGUCCUCGUCCUGCUACAUUACAAGAACUACUUGUGCGCAUGGACAUUGUCAAUAGGACUAGUGGAGAGAGUUUUCAAGUUCAUCAAUUAUCGUCCGUCAGGAAUCAGUGGCAGAUGUCAUUAAUUGAACCAAUUAAUAAAGCUGUUCCUACAGAUUGUUUGAUUGCUGGACAAGCUGUGUCUUACUUUUUAAAGAUGAAGAGUUUCAGGAAGGCUCCAAGCAAAGAGGAUAGAGCUUCUUAUCUUCUUACAGGAGCAGAUGUGAAACUUAACCAUGACAGUGAUGAAGUACUGCUUGAUGUCAACCAAUUUCCACUUGUUGAUUUUCACAAUUGUGAAAGGUUUCACCAAGGAGUGCCAAUCCAGGAACAUCAGGAUACAGUGGAUUUCAUAUUGAUAUGCCGGCAGCAGCAACAGAGUGAUGAUACUUCUGGACAGAAAUCCGUGAAUGUAUUCACUCACCAUGUUUCUCAUUGCAGAGUGAGAACCACAAGCCCAAUAUGGUGGCUGCUCGAUGGCCCAUCGACAGUUACACACGAUUUCACAUUGGCUUUUUUCUGUGAAAUAAAAUUGAAGAUGACUGUCCAUAACUCCUCAGAUACCCAUCAUGUCUCCGUGCGAGUUGGUCCCACGGAUUCUUCAGCUAUUCCUGAGACAGCAAGCAGUAGUGAUGAAGUGGGCUGGCAUGAGUUGAGCACAGACCUAGAGACUCCGCAAACCGCCUUUAAGACUAAUGCUGCUGUUGCUAUGCCUUUCAUCUGGUCCGGUUCAAGUGGGACCCAUUUCAGUCUUGGCCCGUCAUCUUCUACCGAACUCCCUCUUCAAAUCACUGUCUUUUCUCCAGGGACAUAUGAUCUGUCCAAGUACUUGCUGCAAUGGAGGAUUAUCUCAUCUUCUUCCCAAGAAGAUUUAUCCAGACCAGUCUCUGGGACGUGCAAAGGGCAUCCGUGCUUUAUAACGGUGCUGCCACAACAAGAUUAAUUCCACUCAACUGUUGUGCUCUUCCUUUUCUCCCUCCAGUGGCAGAUGAGAAAUUUUGUGCUAAUUUCUGUAGAAGGAACCAUUCCUUUGGCCAAAGAAGGGAACCUCAAAGAUGUGCUAUUUCCUUAACUAGUGCACAUUCUGCUCUUAUUUUCACUCUGUUGUACUAUAAUUUUCAUCCUUUUUUUAAUACUCCGUAUCUUUUUUCUAUUUGUAUCUCAAUUAUUUUCUUAAGAUUCAGUGUUUAUUGAAUUCGGGUUGAUGAGAUAAAUCAAAUCAAUUAUACUAUUUUUU